AUAGAAAAGGAACUUCCUCCAUGCACUCACUACUAAUUAUAAAAACUUGUCAUUAAAACUAACAGAGCAGACUGUUAGUUUGUGAAGUCAUUGUGGAUAUAGCAAAUCAUGGAGAGUAUAAACCUGUUACAAAGAAAACUAGCUGAGUACACUACUUCCUUGUACAAUGAGAAAUUUCUGGAUGAGCAGUUCAUACAACUGCAACAACUUGCAGAUGAGAGUAACCCUGACUUUGUGGUGGAAGUUGUGUCCCUUUUCUUUGAAGAUUCUGAAAGGCUUCUUAAUGAACUAACCAAAGCUCUCAAUCAGCCAAAUGUAGACUUCAAGAAAGUUGAUGCUCAUGUUCAUCAGUUGAAGGGUAGCAGCUCCAGCAUUGGUGCUCAGAGAGUUCAAAGAAUGUGCAUUGCCUUCCGUAAUUAUUGUGAGCAACAGAUUGUUGAAGGGUGCUUAAAAUGUUUGCAACAAGUAAAGAAUGAGUACACCCUUGUCAAAAACAAGCUUGAAACUUUAUUUAAGCUGGAGAAACAACUCGUGGAUGCUGGAGGUUCAUUACCUGUGGUGUGAAUAUUCAAGAAUAUUUAUUGAGAUGUGAAAUAUGAAUUAUGUGAAAUUCCAUUAUGCUUAAUUCCAAGUUUAGCAGUUCUUUGAAUAUGCUAUAAAUUGUUCAUGAUAUUUCGAGCUUCAUUGUGGAUAUAGUAACCAUUUUAAUUGGGUUGUAAAUUAGUCAAAUAUCCACCACUUCAAUACUGCUUCUCGAUGCAUGACCAAGUUUAAACAAAAUCGUCUUACUUAUA